AUGCAGAUUUUCGUCAAAGUACGCGUUGCACCGUGUCCAGCUGAAGUCCUCACGGGUAAAACCAUCACUCUCGAGGUUGAGUCCUCGGAUACUAUUGACAAUGUCAAGACCAAGAUCCAAGACAAGGAGGGAAUCCCCCCGGACCAGCAGCGUCUUAUCUUUGCCGGAAAGCAACUCGAAGAUGGUCGCACGUUGAGCGACUACAACAUUCAAAAGGAGUCGACUCUCCAUCUUGUACUGAGGCUCCGAGGAGGUGCUAAGAAGCGCAAGAAGAAGACCUACAACACUCCGAAGAAGGUCAAGCACAAGAGGAAGAAGGUCAAGAUGGCCAUCCUCAAGUACUACAAGGUCGAUUCGGAUGGCAAGAUCAAGCGUCUCAGAAAGGAGUGCCCGAACGCCGAGUGCGGCGCCGGUGUUUUCAUGGCCUUCCAUCACGACAGGCAGUACUGUGGCAAAUGCGGUCUUACCUAUCAGUUCCAACCUGGCACCAAGCCUACGAUCUGA